AUGUCCGACCACCAAAGCAGCGCCCCUAGCGACCCCCCUAUCUUCGACCCCGCCGCGGCCACCGCGCUCAUCGCCGAGUGCCGCAGAUUCAUCAUCUCGCUCCCCAUCCUUCGCGCCCUGGUCACCAACCCGGGCUCGGAGAAAGUCUCGUGGAGACCCAUCUUCAACGUGCGCAUGACUAAGCUCAAUACACUCCGCAUGUCUUUGGACGAGAUCACACGCGCAUACGAGAGGAAGAACAACAAGACAAAGGAGAACGAUGAGCUUGCUCAUGCGGUGCGGGAGAGGUACCUUGACUGCGUUGAAGGUCUGUUUGCGGUGGUGGAUGCGCACAAGGAGGCAUUACCGGUGAACGAGAGGUUGGCGGCGGAGGCAGCGGAGCUACGGGCGAGGAAGAGGGAGAGGUUGGAGAUGGCGAUGGAAAGGUCGCAGCUAGGUAGGCAGAAAGGUGCGGGCGAUAGCGGAGCUCCCGAUGUUGAAUGA